AUGGUCCCUCUGCCAGUGCCAUCAUCUCACUGCCAUCGCCGUGUUCAACUGCUCCAUUCAACACCUGCCGUGCAGGAAGAAUCCUGUACCGUCGCCCUCUCCAGAGUUUCCAUUGAUGCAGUUCAUUUAGGGCUCAACUGCAACCAACUCGCUAAAGGGCAGCAACAGGACCCCAAGAUAUCAGCUUGCCGUACAUUCAUUACUUCCCUCAAAUGGAAGGACGUCUCUGUGGAUGAAGCAGGUACCACUUGUGGAUUCCAGCCUCCCUCCGUCGUCACAUUUCAGCCUCAUCCACAGCUUGUUCCAUCCCUCUUGAUAAGCGACAGCACGCCUUCUGAAGCAGAAAUUUGUUUGGCAAAGGACUGGGUUCGAUACUGCACCGCCUGUCAAACCUCCAAAAUUCAGCUACACACCGAAAUGGGCCCCAGAUCCUUCCACCAGCCGAAGAGGCGCUUCACACACAUCCAUGUUGAUAUAAUGGGUCCCCUACCACUAUCAGAAGGACAUCGCUACCUCUUCACCAUAGUGGGCCGUCCAACUAGAUGUUCCACCUGCGCCACCGCUCUGCUCUCUGGGUGGAUUUUGAGAUUCAGCAUCCCUACCCACAUCACGUCCGACCAGGGCACGCUUUUCACUUCACAGCUCUGGAUGUCCCUGGGGCAGCUAUUGGGCACCUCCAUCCAUCACACAACGGCCUACAACCCGGAAGCUAACAGCAUGGUGGAGAGUUUCUACAGAAACCCUGAAAGCUGCCCUGAUGUCUCGAUGUAG